AUGAAUUAAAACAAAAUAUUUAAAUUGCAAUUGAUUCAUAAAUAAAAUAAUGAUUGCGAAUAGUAUUUUAAUCAAAAUUACAAAUAGAUUGUUGAUUUAGUAGAAAAUUUUGAUAAUAACUUGAAGAAUUUAAAAAAGUAAAUUGAAUAACCAAUUAUUGAAGAUCAUCAUACUUUAUCGAAAGUAGAGGAGAUAGAGAACGAAGAUCAGGAAUUGUCAUAAUUUUAAAUAUAACAGGAAGACAAGGAAGAAUUGGAAUAACAAUUGAAUUAGUAAUAAGAACAAGAUUAAAUUAUAAUAUAAGAUUAAAUCAAUAAUUAAUGA